AUGAUUAUCCGAGUUGACAAAUGCAGUACCUUUGGCAUUAAAAAAGCGAUCACAAAAUCAGUUCAGUACUUGCCAAAACUCCUCAUCAGCAAUCAACUAAUACCAAAAAUCACCAUUGGAGAAUCAUUUCAAUAUUUAGGACGUUACUUUGAUUUCCACAUGUCGAAUGAUAAUCACAAAACUGAACUAACCACCCUACUGAAUGAACUAAUGUCUGAUAUUGACUCAAAGCCACUACACCCCAAAAAUAAACUGCUCCUCUACAGUCGCUACGUCUUGUCCAAGUUAGCCUGGCACUUCACCGUCGCAACACUCUCUAAAACAUGGGUUACUGAAAAUAUCGACUCUAUUGCCAACAAAUAUAUCCGCAGAUGGCUUGAAGUACCAAUAUCAGGAACACUAAGUACUGUCUUUCUAACAAAUAACAAAUUUGGCCUGAGUAUUUAUCCUCCAUCUGUAAAAUUUAUCCAGUGUCAAACAGUCCUCCGAAAAGCUUUAAAAUAUUCUCCUAAUGAAUCAACUAACGACCUGUGGAGAGCAACCAGUAACCAUACUAAUAUCCAAUAUGACGCUUAUAACUCUACUAAGGAAGUUCUCAAAGAUUUCCGUUCUGGACACGAAAACAAACUCCUAAACCAAUUAACCAGUCAAGGAUCCUUUUUCUGCAGCGUCACGAAGUUCGCUUUACCUCAGCUUAGCAAGGUGUGGUCCAUCGCCCAAUCAAAGCUCCCGAAAAACAUUUACAACUUUACCAUUCGUUACAUUAACAACUCUCUUCCGACGCGCAAAAACCUAAACAGAUGGGCAAUAUCUUCAAAUUCAGACUGUUCUUUUUGUCUUAGCCCUGAAACAUUACUACACAUAGUAGCUGGAUGUCAGUUUUAUCUCGACCGAUUUACGUGGAGACACAAUUCAGUCCUGAACUUUCUUGCUCAUCAGUUACAAACUGUUGACGGUUCUACUCUCUACGCUGAUCUAAAUGGAUUCAAAAGCCCUUCAAUACUUACUGGUGAUACGUAUCGCCCAGAUUUGUUAUUAUCGUGCUCAAAUGGUUCCUUAUAUGUGGUUGAACUCACCACUGGUUAUGAGACAAACCUCAAAAACAACGUAAAACGGAAGAAGGAUAAAUAUAGAGAAUUAUUGAGACAGCUAGGUAAAAAUUUUAACCAAGUUAAAUUUAUAAAUCUCUCCAUCAGCUCUUUAAGUAUUUUUGCAGAAGAAUGUUAUACAUUUUUAGACAUGUUAGAUAGUAUUGGUCUUGACAAAAACCACCAAAUGUACUGCGUUAGGAAAAUGAUGACUAUUGCUAUUAGAACUACAUAUUACAUUUUCUGUUGCCGAAAUAAAGAAUGGGAAAAUCCGGAUUUACUAACAAUUUGACUUAUCUCAUUGUAUAUAUAUAUAUAUAUUGCAUGCACUUUGUUCUGUUAUUUUAGUUUAGUAUAAUUGUGAUUCAAAUAGCCAACCGUAAGUUACCUUUAUGAGAGAGAUUUACGAUUGUAUAUGUAUGUAAAGAAAAACAUUUAAUAAAGUUUCCAUUAUUAUUAUUAUUAUUAUUAUUAUUAUUAUUAUCUAAUCAAUGAGCAGGAAGCAGAUUAUGAUAAAGUCAAGUUCGUCAAUUUAUCCUUGAGUACCCUCGGAGUUUUUGGCCGAUCUUGUGAAAAUUUCGAUGGCAUGCUAAGUAGCCUUAAAUGUGAUGCCAAGUAUAGUAAAUACAUAAAAAAAGCAAAUCGUGAACAUAUGCAUACGAACAUCAUAUUAUGUAUUUUGUAAACGAAACAAGGUGUGGGAUAACCCAAAAUUAAUGUUAAUAUAAUCCUUCUUAAAAUAAUUAUUGUACAAUAAAUAUAUAGUAUCAAUUCAAGUAGACAUUGAUAAACUACCUGUAAAGCGAGGUUUAUCAUUGUAGUUGUAUAUAUCCUAAUAAUCAAUAAAUAAAGUUUCCAUUAUUAUUAUUAUUAUUAUUAUUAUAGGCUUUAUUUAAUGAGGCUAACACUUUACAGUAGUAAAUUAACACUGAUGACUUCGUGGCCCUCAAAAGCUUUUGCAUAUAGUUUGGCAACAGAUCAAACAGAUAGGUUUUUUAUUAGACAAAGAGUAUUAAUACUUCAUAACAUAUUGACUUAGCGAGAUCUUAUUCAUUGGUAGCUACUUGGGCGACUAAAAAAUGUUCAAAAAAUAUCAACCGGUCCCCUAUAACACCAAUUACGGCAACUACUACUCACAAUGGAACAGGCCGUUCACAGGGGCUCUCCAGAGAACUUGUUCUUGUCCUUUUUUUAUAGAAUUUUUUUACAAUCAUACAGUAGUCCCCCGCUAACUCGAACUCGCUUAACUCGAACUCUUCGCUAACUCGAACUAAAUCCAAUUCCCCUUGGAUCUGGUACUGUUUUUUAUAGUAAUUUACUCCGCUUAACUCGAACUCGCUUAACUCGAACUCCUCGCUAAUUCGAACAAAUUUUGUUUUCCCUUGGUCAAAUUUAUCCCGUUAACUCGAACUUUGUUUUCGAGUCGUGGAUCGGCAAACCUUAAAAUGUCAGAACAUAGCAUUUUGACAACCGGUAACUUGGAUUUUUAUUCAAAUGACGACAAUUUAUUCGGUGUAUAAAUGAUCAUAAAUUUUAAAAGAUUAUACACAUAGUUGCGACGAUUGUUAUUGAUCUAGUUUUUUAGUUCCUUUUGUAAAAUCUCUACAUGUUUUUCCUAAGAACUUUAGUUUGCAUGGAACUUGCAUGCCUUCUCCAUCACCCAAGUUAAAAAGAUACUGACUAAAGAACAUUAGUUAUAGGGAUGCACAAUUAAACUUUUUGUAAUUUGAUGAACAUAAGAAAACUUUUAUACCUUAUUAAUUAUUAACAUAAUAAACGUAAUCUGACACCAACUCCGGUUAAUUCGAACACCCGCUAACUCGAACAAAUUUUUCGUUCCCCUUGGGAGUUCGAGUUAGCGGGAUUCUACUGUAUUUUAAUCAAAAUGAGUUUGCCCCAAGAGCGUACACCCUUAUCUAGAGGGCUUGCCCUUUUAACCCCAGCCAAGUGUACCAACCUCUUCGUUUUAUGUCUAAGUUUUCCCUCCUAUUUUCAUUCAGGACUUUAUUCAUAUUGAAAAGUCGAAAGCAGACGACGAAACUGAACUGGAGUCAACAAUGACCAUUAUUAGUUCCAGACUUCUUCUCUAUGUUCGCGCGCUGACGAACUCCGUAGCAGCUUUGAUGGCCGACGUUCUUAACAGAGGUGCAGUAGAAUCUAUAAUCUCAGAGGCGAAAGCCCCGCCUAGCUCUGACGACUUCGCCAACGAUGCCCAAAUUUGGUUUAGAAAAUAUUAUGGGACUUUUUGUUUACGGCGACGUGUCACGUUUUAUCUUCUUCUAGCUCCAUUUCAAGAAGAAUGCGAUGCUUUAGAACGAGAAACUACACUGUCAGGUAGCCGACCCUCUUUAUUUCUAACGACCCUUGUUUUUUCGAUGUGAUUGGGUUGUUUACUUACUUACCUACCUACCUACCCUAUAUGUUUUUUCUUUGCUCGCUUAACGUGUUAACGUGACACCAAAAUGGCGUCUGUUGCCCACAGGUAUUGCUUCUUGAAAGGUAUUGCUUCUUAACUCUGUGGCAACAUAUUUCCCUGUCUUUUCCAGAGGAUCGUGUUGAUCAUUCAGAUUCUCCGCUGACAGAUAUGACAGUAUUGUUUGGAGGCGCAGGUCGCCUGGCAAAUUUUCUGGAAUAUUUUGACAAAUGGCUGGAAAAAGAGGAAACACAAACGUUUUGGGAAUCAUUGGCUUGGGUUAGGAACAAAUUGUAAGUUGAAAAGUGUUGCACAUUUUUGCAUAUAGUUAGAUGCAUCUUGCAUCUGACAUGUCUAGGGUGCGGUGUGUCUGAAUGCGAACCCCUUGAAAUCUAUGAAGCUCCUCCAGCAAACGUUAGCAUUACCCAGUCGUGAUCCUCAACAACGCCCCCUCCCUCCACUUUGAAAAAUCUGCAUCUUGUGGAAAAUCAUAUCCCCCAUACAAAGUAUACCCUUGCAAGUUUAGUUUAGAUCUGCUCAUGGUGUAAUCCGUGGUUUAUUUAUCUCUUUUAGUAUGUCAAGAAUUUACUCAUUAUUAGGUAAGUGUAAAACUUAACCUAAAACAUACUAACCAGUGCGCAGCACGACUAGCUACAAGUGUUUUGAAUAGCUUCAAACACGACUACAAUAGAUGCCGUCUCAUUAGGAUGGAGUUUUAUGUAAAGAAUACUAAUUAAGAUGAGAUUUAUUAGGUACUACUGUAUAAAGCUUCUUCACGUGACAUAUUAUGGUUGACAUGAUUUACCAAUACGCUUAUGAAUUCAAAUAUUAAUGAGUGUUUGAAGAUCUUGGAUAUGAUCAAACGCGCUUAAUAUUAUUACGUAUUACACUUACUUAGUUACAUACAUAGCCUGGACUAUUUUAUCUUUUACAACAAUUGUAAAAUUAUUUUUAUAACUGUGUUUAUCCUAAACCACCUUGUCACUGACUUCCCCCAUCAUUUUAUUUCGCAUCAAGGUCGAAUUCAUCACGCACAAGUCGACUGGAUCGAUGGUGUUUCAGAAUUUUUUCGCAACAUGUGUCACGUGUUUGGUCACGUGUACACUGUAAAUAGAGUAAGUUCAACCUUUGAUGGAUGUCACCAUUGACAGAGCAGCAGAGGAUAGUCUACCUUAAAUUAAUAAAUUUUGUUGACACUGAUAGGGGCAAGCAAAUUAUACAACAUCUUUUAAUUUCUGAUUAUUUGUCACCAACUACACGCGUAAAAACGUCUGUUCACAAGCUGUUAACAAGAUAUAUUCGCACUGCUUGUUACAAGUUGUCAACAGGUUUGGAACAACUUGUUGACAACUUGUAACAACCUUGUCGAAAUUAUCAGGCUUGUUGCAAGGUUGUUCUGACAAGUCUGUGACAUGCUUGAUAUAACAAGAUUGUUACAACCUUGUGUUGACAACCUUGUAACAUCAUUGUUAUAUCAUGGCUGUAACAAACUUGUUAGCACAAUCUUGUAACAAGGCUGAUAAUGCCAUCAAGCUUGUUACAAGUUGUUAACAGCUUGUUUCAAACUUGUUACAACAAACUGGGAACAAGCAGUGCGAGCACAACUUGUUGACAGCUUGUGAACAGACGUGUAACAACUUGUUUGCAGACCUGUGACAACUUGUGCGUUUUUACGUGUGUAUACACGCGUAGAAAUCUCACAUCUUGUAACAAGUCUGCCAACAAGCCGUCAACAUGUUGUAUUCGCACUGCUUGUCCCAAGUUGUAAACAAGUUUGGAACAAGCUGUUAACAACUUGCAACAACCUUGUUGAUAUUAUCGUACUUGUUGCAACAAGUCCGAUGCAGUCAUGAUAUAACAAUAUUGUUACACCUUGUAUGGUCAACCUUGGAACAUUCUUGUUAUAUCAUGACUGUAUCAGACUUGUCGAAACAACCUUGUAACAAGUCUGAUAAUGCCAUCAAACUUGUUACAAGUUGAUAACAGCUUGAUGGUAUUAUCAGACUUGUAGCAAAGUUGUUCUAACAAGUCUGAUACAGUCAUGAUAUAACAAGAAUGUUACAAGGUUGAUGACACAAAGUUGUAACAAUAUUGUUAAUCAUGACUGUAUCGGACUUGUUGGAACAAGUCUGAUAAUAUCAACAAGGUUGUUACAAGUUGUUAACAGCUUGUUAACAGCUUGUUCCAAACUUGUUGACGGCUUGUUGACAGACUUGUUACAAGAUGUGUUCACAACAGGCGUGCAGCAUGCUUGUCAACAAAAAAUUGUAACAAUGCUGUUAUUUUAUCAAGUUGCAACAAGGUUGUCACUCACAAGUUGUUGAAUUGCAGGUUAAUAACAAAUUGUUCGAACAACCUUGUAACAAGUUUGUUGAGUCAACGACCUUGUAGCAAUUUGUCAACAAGGUGGGAACAAUUAAGCAGUACGAUAGUGAGAUGGUGCUUGGUAAUAAAACAGACUUAAUCCAUUUUAACUCACUGUAUUUUAUUUUAUAGUUAAAACCUUUCUUUGAGAAUGAACUUAAAUGUAUAUUUGAAGACGAGCAAUGUAAGUUUGAGCUUCUUUAAACUUUGAUUUGUCAGCGUGUUUCCAUGAAGCUGCCGUGGUAGACAUUACACAACAUACUUAAACAUUAUUUUUGUUCAGCUCUUAGCGACGAAGAGAAACAGCAAGUUAUUUCAAGCGCAAUUAUUCCUGUUUUUCUUCUCGGUAUUUUGACGUCAUAUUCGAAAGUGAGUAGUGAUUUCCUUUGUCUUUUCCCCGUGAGGUUUCUUAAUAAAUUUAUGUUUCACUGGGAAAAAAAGUGAAAUCCAUACUACGAAAUUUGCAAUUGCACCACUAAUUCAAUAGUAUAUCCAUACUAUUUUGAUACUAUAUCCACACUAUGGAAAUAUACAAUUAUUAUGGAUAACCAAAAUCCAUUCUAUUUCCAAUAAAGGUCCAUACAAUUUCCAUUCUAUGGCCUUCUAUGGAUUUUCAAAAUUUUCCCCAGUGUUUAUGAUUGUCUAAUGAAUUUUAUGUAAUAUAUAAAAUUUGCUGUAAUUUCAUGAAUGAUUUGUGUUCCAUGUAGACGGAUGAUCAGGAGAAUGUAAAGUCCUUUAUGAAAGAUGCACUCACGUCAUUUGCUUCUCAGCAAAAAGACUCGCAUUCUUUAUAUUUGGUUUGUGAGAAAUUAAGGUAAAUUUUGAAACGUUUCAUUUUAUGUGGAAACAAUUUUGUAGUUACUGUGUGAUAGCUACAUAAUUAUAGAGCCGUCUACCAGUAUAUUAGUAUCACUUGUGAUGUCAUUGCAUGACUACAUUAGGUGUAGCACAUGGGUAUUGGGUAAUUAUAUGGGGGUUUGAUAGGAUAUAUUGCGUUGCAUGAGGUAUAGUUGGGGGUAGUGUGGUCUAAUAUAGUGCACCUUGGCAUUGCUUAGUAUUGUAUUUGAGGAUAAAAAAUGUUUAUCAUGUCUUCUUUGCUAUUCUAGUUCGGAUGAGAUAUGGUGUGAAGUUCUAUUUGAAACAUUAUGGGGUCUUCUCAUACACUCCGAGCCGAAUGUCAGAUCUGUUGUGCCUCACUUAUUGCAGGUAAAAGAAUUGAAUAAUGGUUUAACUUAAGUUUACAGUCCUUAGUUGUUAUUUUAUUGAUUUUAUUCUAAUGUAGACGAUGAUUAAAAAUCUGGACAAAACCUCGAUUAUGAAGCGAGUGCUGCCUGCCCUGGUUACGUUGUCCACGGAUAACGACAAGUAAGUUUAAACACAAGUACAAUACUUGCUUUAGUACUAUAAAUAACCAGUCGCCAAGGUCGAUUCCACUGUUUGAAUAGACCUUUCCCCUUUUGAGUGAAAUUUUGAUCUAGACAAGUCUCGACAAAAAUUUCAUCACAGCUUGAAAGAGCGUCACAAAGUUAGUAAUACUCCGAAGUUUCGUUGCGAAAUGUUGUAAAAUGCGGAUAAUAUAACCUUGUUUUUCAGUCAUUUUGCAUUACAAAUGGGAAAUUGAUAAUCAGAUGGUCAAACUGAUUAUCAAUUUCCCAUUUGUAAUACAAAAUGACUGAAAAAAGGGCAAACUUCGCAGGGAUAUAUUAUCCUCAUUUUACGACAUUUUGCAACGAAACUUCGGAAUAUUACUAAUUUUGUGAUGCUCUUUCAAGCUUAGACUUGUCUAGACUUGUCUAGAUCAAAAUUCCACUCAUAAGGGGAAAGGUCUAUUAGGAAUCUGAUUGCAUUUCAUUAGAGUCCUUGUUUGUUUCAGAUCAGUGCGCAUAUCAACUGUGCCAGCUUUCGGAGCAAUUGUGGAGCAUAUCAGUGAUGAUGAGGUUUGUUAAAUAUUUUUAAAUAUUUCGGAAUUUUUUGAGGGCUUGGUCAUGGAGAAUGGUAGGGAUGGAUCCAGCCACAUCUGGUAGGUGGGAAAGGGGGUGGGUUGGGUUGGGAAUUACAUCUCCAGAUCCAAAUUUGAUAAGGGCUAGGAGGGGUGCGCCUCCCCCAUAGUCCUUACCCAGUACCUCUCAGUAAAUCCAUUUGUGUCCUUCUGCUUUCUGAAGCUCAUUCGAACUCUUCUGAACCAAGAUUUUUCUUCGAAAAAAUAAAAUAUUUUUGUCCCAUGUGUUUUGUAGAUGUUGGAGAAAAUCCACAUUCAGUUCCAGUCCUUCCUCAGUGAUCCGUCAUAUUACGAUCAACAUGAGCUACAGGUAGCCCUAAUACGAACAUUUGGAAAAAUUGGACCACAUUCGGAGCCUCGAUUUAGGGAUGAUUGUAAGUAACGAAGAGUUUGUCUUUGCUGACGUGGUUUGUGUUUCAACUAUCUGGUUUCAAUCUACAGUUUCAACUUUUUUCAGGUGGUUCAAACAUAAACCACGACAGCUUAAUGUUGAAUAGUCCCUAUAUUGGACCACUACGUUUGAGAUAUCUUUUUCAGGUAGUUCAGACAGAAACUACGACAGCUUAUUGUAGAAUACUACUAGAAUACUACCUACACUGGACAGCCACAUUUGAGAUAUCUUUUGUAGCUAGUUCGGACACAAACCACGGCAGCUUAUUGUAGAGUACUACUUACACUGAACCCCCACGUUUGAGAUAUAAAAACUAAUAUUCCAUGUUUUCUUUACUAGUUCUUCAUCCCAAACUAACAGAACUUGUGAUGAGAAAUGCGAAGACAGAAGACGAAGCGAAGAAGACAGAGGUCGCUGUAGUUUUACUUGAAGCAUACGCCUCGUUAACCUGUUGCUGUAUCCUUUAUAUCACUUCAGCUGUAAUAAAUUCUAUGUUAAACCAUGUGGCGCUUCUUAAUCCCCCGCUCCUCCAACUCAAUGUUGAGCUUGUGUCAUGGUAAAUUACCAAAAGUUGUUUCGACGCUGUUUACAACAUUGUACUGGGGGAGAGGGGGUGACGAAAUUUGUUUUAUCAAUGUGCAUUCACUUUGCAAUAUUGACUGGAAUGGUCUGAAUGGUUGAUACCGUGUCAAUAUAUACUGCGUUUCCUUAACAUUUGCAAGUUAUCCCUGAAGACAUCUUACGCAAUAACACUCUGCCUGGUCUCAUGUAUUUGAAACAAGAUCUUGCUACGCUGGCUCCAGACUAUGAGGUAAUUGAAACAGCAUGGUCUUAUAAUGGCCGAUUCCACUACACAACUUUUGCCUAAAACUGUCGCAUGCAACCUGUUUACAACUUGAGUCGUACUGUGUAAAUCAAGCACACAACUCACUAACGGCAAGGUAGGUGAGUUGUAUGCUUGAUUUACACAGUACAACUCAAGUUGUAAGCAGGUUGCAUACGACAGUUUUAGGCAAAAGUUGGAUAGUGCAAAUCGGCCUGACGGCCUGAUUGUGUGUUUAUAACUGUGUGACCAUCAGGGAUGGAAUUCCCGUGGGGAAGGGGUGCGCACCCCUUAGCCUUCGAAAAGAAGGGUGCCAAUUCAUUAUCAGAUCGAUUUUUCAGUUUAGAAAGGCAAUAUCCUGUCACCAUUAUCACAAUAAGGUUCCUGAAGCCUGCCAGGGGACAGUGUUUCUCCUGCUUUCAGAACACUUCUGCGCGUAACUCUAAGUGAUUAUGGACCUGGUCAACAAUUACUCCCUGACCAUGCCAUGGGUCGAUGAGCACCCCCACCUACCCUAUCUAGUUGGAUCCAUCCCUGGUGACCAUGUUGUGAAUUUUUAGGCGACGGUGAGUUUACUAAUGAAAGAUUGUGAGGACAAAUUGGUCAGCCAAAAGACUGCAGGGUGAGUUUUCGUAGAAGUAUAUAGCACGUGCUCGUAUAAAUGAUGAGUAAAUUGCGUGCUCACAUAGAUAAUAUGCGUGCUCACACAGAUAAUGUGCGUGCUCACACAGAUAAUGUGCGUGCUCACACAGAUAAUAUGCGUGCUCGUUUAGGUAAAUAACGUUCCCGUUAAUUAAGGUCACAUGCUUGCCCAUAAAUUGCUUGCUCCUGUAAGUCCCGUGCGUGCUCUGGCCGAAUUUUUACGUGAAGAUUUCAUUUUCCUUGCAGGCCAGGUCCAACUGCAUCCAAGGUUCACGCGGAGGACGUAAAACGCGCCAUCCUGAACAAAUUUCAUAAACUUAAGGAAGUAUCGCCUAAACCUAAAAUGGUUGAUAUUUUUAGGAAAAAGAAUCGCUCAGAUUCCGAUAAACCAAGCUAAAAUAAUUCAAUGAAUAUUAAUGAAUCCCAAAUAGCGAUAAAAUCGCUGUCCAUAUAAAGCCACUAGUUCACAGUGUCGACAACAAUGUCGCGUUCUGUGCCGAUGAAAUUGCAAUUGAAUUAUAACAUGUGGCUAGAAGAUAAUUAACAUGUGAAGAUUACACAGUUAUUCAGCUAUUAUUUAAAGGCUUUCAAAAAUGUUGGGGGCGAUUGCCGCCCUGCCAGUAUCCGCGUACUGAUACAUAUUUUAAAUCUUCUAGUCUACAUGUUAUGACUCAAUUGAGAUUUAUCCCGACGCAAAACGCGUGAUUUGAAUGCGCGGACGACUAUAGGAACACAAAGCAUAAAGGCCCACACAGACCGGACGCGAUUCGGCAACGCGACGGGAAUUUUCAGUUUUCAAAAACAAAUAAAACCGUCAACGGAUAAAAAUUUUACAAGAUAUGCAGACCAAAUAGCUAAAAUUGCUUAAGUGGUUCCGAAUAUUUGAAAAACAUUGAAAAAUAUCAAAGUUAAAUGUCAUUGAAAACUGAAAAUUCGCGUUGCCAAAUCGCGUCCGGUCUGUAUGGGCCUUCAUGCAACACAGAUUCGCGAGUUCAAUAUUUCUAAUCAAUUCAAUCUCGUUGGAUAAAUGUGGGCCACUGCACCGUGUGCUUCCAAAAAUGAAUAUUCGUAAUGAAAUUUUAAAGGUACGAACGUCCAUAGACCGAGCAUGCGCGAUAUAACAUUUGAUUUCAAAAUUCGCCUAAACGUGAAGUAAAACUACGGAAUUCUAUUCAAUUUUAACUAUGAAAUGAAACGCACCAAGGUAUGAAUAUAGUAUUUUUCGUAAUUUAGAUAAUUUAAUAUAAAUGGAUAAUGUUAUGUCAAUGCACUAACGACAUUCGACAGCAUUAAAUUUAAAUAGAAAAUGAAAUACGUAUUAAAUUACAGUAGAUAGUUGUGUAACAUAAAAAUGUCCUUUGCUAGCCUAGUCCCAGGCCUUCCCGCGUGACUUGAUCCGGGAGAAGGCCUAGCGAAAUUCGUCAACUUGGUGUAGUCCUAAAUUCAUAAAUUUCCUUCCAUAUCGAAAUAUCUUCAUUGUCCAUCCCAAAGGCAUAAAGUUAUACAAAAACAUUGAUGUAAAUAUGUAGAACUUAGGACCGCUCCUAGGGCAAAAUUGGUUCCAAGAAAGGCAGAUUUGCGAAUUGUGCUAGACCUUCUCGUCUUUUCCCAGCGCGCCUAAUAGCAUCACGGAAGCGAAAGGCAGCAGGAACUAGCUGGUCCUUUACGUACAUAACAUUUAUCAAAACAAUAUUGCCGUUCAGUCAUGGUAAUUUUCCAUUGUUUUGAAAAUCUAUACACUGUUCUUCAUGCCACUAAAUACAGGGUGAGAAUUGGAAAAAAUUUCGACCUACAAAAAAUUUGGGCCAUGUACUGCACACGUAAAAACACACUAGUUGUUA